AUGAAAGGAACCUCAGCACUCAUUGUGGUGACCCUACUGAUAGUGGGCGCCUCCACCAGACCGUCCCCACAACUCAAGCAACUGAAGUCUCUCAUGGGUCUCCUGUCCCAAGACCUCUCGUCCUCAGAGGAGCAGCUGCUCCUGGACAGUAUGGAAGAUUUCGUGGUGCCGCCCUCUGCGCUUCGUCCUAGGGACAUUCUGCAUACCCCAGAUUCAGCCCAGAUGCCCCCCAAUCGUGCAUGGCUCCGGCUGUUCAGCGACUUCAUGAACAACCAGAAAAAAUUUCGAGGACGUACAAAGAAAUCUCGGAUGUCGGGUGGAUGUUUUGGGAUGAAACUGGAACGGAUUGGAAGCAAGAGCGGUUUAGGAUGCUGACACCAGGUGCUGAGCAGUAACGAGUCCCGUCUAGGGAUGAUGAUGAUGAUCGCCCCCUCCCCUGACUUCAGUCUCUUCU